AAAAGUGCAUCCAAACAAAACCCAAAAAUACUCUAAACACCCACCCAUCUCCCAACCCAACUUCACACGCACAACAAAACCCCCCACCCCAUGGCUACCCCCAACUCACCACCACCACCACCACCACCUCAAUACAUCCCAUUACUCUCCGACCAAAAAUACGUCGUUUCACCAGCAUCACUUCCUCACUCCCACCUCCCACGACGACGUCGUUCAAUCUGCCUCGUCAUCACUCUCCUAUUAGUCCUAGCAGCCGCCAGCUGCUCCGCCUUCCUCUUCUGGCCGUCCGAUCCCUCCCUCAAGAUCGUACGGCUGCGGCUUAACAGAGUCCAAGUCCACACGCGACCGCACGUGGCCAUCGACGUGUCCAUGCUCGUGACGAUUAAGGUCCGAAACGGCGACGUUUACAGAAUGGACUACGAGGCCCUGGAGGUGGCGGUUGGGUACAGAGGGAGGAGUCUGGGGCACGUGACGUUCCAGCGGGGUCACGUGCGGGCGUUUGGUUCGUCCUACAUGGAAGCGGAGGUGGAAUUCAAUGGGGUCGGGGUGUUCUCUGACGUGGUGCUCCUGCUCGAGGACUUGGCUAAAGGAAAGGUACCGUUUGAUACUGUUACGGAGGUCCACGGGCGGCUGGGCUUCCUGUUCUUUGAGUUCCCUUUGCAGGCAAGGGUGUCGUGUGAAGUCAUCGUGAACACAGUGAAUCAGACAAUUUUUCGACAUAAUUGUUACGAGUGAUGAAGUUGGGCGCAGCAAGCUAGAAGCUUCAAUGGGUCAUGGGCUUGGUGUUUGCUCCAUGCAAUGAUUUACACACUGAGAAAACUUGGGGCUCUGUGAAAUUCACAAAUCGGAAUAUGCAUAUAUGCCGACUGCAUGUCAUGUGUGAUUAUGAAAUGGGAUAUCGUAUUGGUGAGGGGAGGGCAAUUUGUGUGUGUAAAAUAACUGUAGGAAAACAAAAUUAUUCAUCCUUUUUCAAAAUGGGGUGAGAUGAGCAUUUUGGAUAUGUAAAACAAGCUUUUCUUUA